UUCGUGACGACUGACGAUUUUGAAACGUUUCUUCAAAAUCACCAUGCAGUCGUGGAAUUAACCUUUCGGUUCGGCCUUUUCGUUGCUAAGUUUAAAGUAACGUCAGAAAGGCAAAAUGGCUAUUCGUCCAGUUUAUAGGCCCACCAUCCUCAAAAAGAGGACUAAGAAAUUUACCCGUCACCAAAGUGACAGGUAUGAUAAGUUGAAGAGAAACUGGAGGAAACCUAAGGGUAUUGACAACAGAGUAAGACGUAGGUUUAAAGGGCAGUACCUUAUGCCAAACAUAGGUUAUGGUAGCAACAAAAAAACUCGUCAUAUGCUGCCCACAGGCUUCAGAAAAAUGCUGGUACACAACGUCAAGGAACUCGAAGUACUGAUGAUGCAAAACAGAAAAUACUGCGCAGAAAUUGCCCAUGGUGUCAGCAGUAAGAAACGCAAAUCAAUUGUUGAGCGUGCCCAGCAGCUUUCUAUUCGUGUAACGAAUGCCAAUGCACGCCUCCGCUCUGAGGAGAAUGAAUAAACUGAACUUUUUUAAAAUAUACGUCAUUACAAAAAAGUUAA